AUGAAAGGCGUUAUAGGUUCCAUAAUUCCUAUUUUAAACAAAGAACGACGUCCUUCCCUCAUAACCAUUGACCGCCCAUAUUACACCCGUCACCAUCGGCCCUCUAUCACAAUCGAACGUCCCUACAUCCACCAGCCGCGUUCCCGACGCCUCUCCUGCUUCGCCGAACGUCCUCAGGGUCGCCACAGGAACUUCAUUAGCUUCGAGCACAGCUUCGAUAGAAAACCACUGGAAAAACCAUCGUGUAGUUAUCAUCCGGCGAUUAGUUUCGAAACCCCGAUGGAGUCUAUGGAACUUCCCACAUUACCGGUGGAACCACCAUCACUACCACUCUUCUCCAACACUGGAGCGAUUCCGAAGACGUCACGCAGCUUCGAGCAGCCGAGGUUAAACCGAGACAAAUCGAAGUCCGACCGAAGCUCGCACAGCUUAGACGUAAGCUCGAUUAGCUUCGACAGAAGAUGCUCCAUUCCCGAAGAAGACCGGGGUUCGCCAGUUUACAUACAUUUGGACGAGACUAGAAUAACCGCGCCUCUGCUGGAGGGUCUUAAAAGUUCGGACGUUUGAUAGUUUGUGAUAACGGUUUGUUUGUUAGCAAUCUAUUUUUGUACAUUUAAGGAGAUAAACGGCUACUUCUUGGUGCUUCACAUUGCGGACUAGCGUAUGAGAGAUUUCCGAAUAUUUUCUGUAGCCCUUGAAUUGUAUAUUUUUGAUAACAAUAAUUAUUUUUUAGUCCAGUCACUAGAGAUUUGACCUCUUAAAACUAUACGAACAAGCAGAAAGUUGCAAAAAACUUUGUCACUCCUAUCUCCGGGCUCCCUUUAAAACCCACGGGUAGGGAUAAUGGAAACCAUUGAGUUACCAAGAAUCUGCAGGCAGUAGAAAAAAAUAUUUCAAACAAGAAAAUUUCUUGUCUCAAGUGUAGCUGAUAUAAUUUUCAACAAAUUGUUUAUUAGCACUUUUUGUGUGGAAUCCAACGUUAUUUCAUAAACGACGCUUAAAGAGACCAGCGUGAUUUUAAAUGACAGUUAGGUACGCGCUAAAUCAUUUUUUAAAUAAAAUUUGUAGCAACACGAUUGUAAAAAUUUGAUAUUUUUUUUGUCACUAUCCUCUAAAUAAAAAUCAAAACCAUUUUUAUCACUAUCCUAUCAAAAGGUGAAGACUACAACUUAAAUUUUUGCAUUUUGGAAAUGCUUCAUGUUAUUGCCAAAACUCAAAAUGGAACUUUAAUGUUAUAAGGUUUAAGGGUUGGUCUUUAAUAAUAGAAAUUAUAUAUAGCGACCGGUCAACAGAAGUGAUGAAUUUUCGCAAAAAAAAUAAUGGCCGAGUUGCACGACGUUUAUUUAUUUAAAAACUUUACAGAAAUUGACUUUACCUGCGGCAAAACGCGAAGACUCUACACGAAAGAGGCAUUGUUCACCAUUAAAACGCAUUUUGAUUUUUGUCGAUAGGAUACUCUGAUCAUAAGAUAUCGAAUUUUUACGAUCGCCUCGAGUGAAUAAAAAUGUAAUUUAAAAAUUAUAUUUAAUUAAAUAUUAUGGUAGAUGAGCCCAAGCGGGGAUUUUUGCAGUUACUCGAGCGCGUCAGAUUAUUACAUGGGGAGAAACCUUGUACCCUGAAAAUGUACCUCUACCAUAUAUUGGCUCUUAAUGCAGGGUAGUCAGUUAAGGGAGGGCCGAAAAAAAUCUAUCCUUAGAAAAACUAGAAAUCGUCAGAUUAAGAUAAGGUAAGUUAAGUACAUGCAAGACAGUCUUUAUUUCAAAAAUCUGACGAUUUGAGCGAGGCGUAAAGAGAUAGGUGAGUCUCAAAGUAUCACAAGAAAAAAGCGAAUAUUUUGCGAAAUUAAUGACAGAUCGAAAAACUAAAAAAUACGUACUCAGUAUUUUUCAAAAAUCUAUCGACCGAUACCAAACACAACAUCCCACGGAGAUGGGUGCGGGGUAAAUUUAAUAUUUUAAAUACGAAUCCCGCGAUAUUUCGCGAAAUAAACAUCAGAUCGAAAAACUGAAAAAUACACUUAUUCAAUAUUUUUGAAAAAUCUAUCGAAUGGCACCAAACACGACCCCCCCCCCCACGAAGAUGGGAUGGGGAGUUACUUUAAAAUGGGAGCCCCUAUUUUUUAUUGCAGAUUUGGAUUCCUUACCUAAAAAUAAGUAACUUUUAUUCGAGAAAUUUUUUCGAAUUAUGGAUAGAUGGCGAUAUAAUCUAAAAAAACGAUUGUUGGAAAGGGAAAAUUAAAUUAAAAAUGGAAAGUCCCCACUUAAAUGGAAAACUUUACAUAACUUUUUUUGCUUUAAGGACCAACCCUUCACAACCCAAUAGGUCCCCAAACCGCUGGAGUGACUGCACAUUUAGCAUACUUUGCUCUCCUUCCAUUACGCAUGCGUAAUAUAUUUAAAAUCACUGGUCGAUUCAAUCUUUGUUUCUUAAAAAACAGUUCAUGGCCCACUAAAAAUGCUACAUUCAAUUUCAAAAGUGUUUAUUCUACACAUUUUUAAUCAAAAUUGUUUCAGCUAUAUUUUUGCUUGUUUGAAACAUUUUUACUACGGCGAUUUUUGGCAAAUCAUUGUUUUCUGUCGUCACCCCAUUCGCCUUCAGCUCACACAUACGAGGGAGUUAUAGUAGGAAGCCCGUUAUAGCCCAAUAAAUGACCGUUUUGGAGUGUAAUUUCCAGUGGCAACUCCGAAUUGCAUGAAAAUUUGGAUUUAGGUUCUACGUACCCUCCACUUCAAAGUUGAAUUUGUGCCGUUGGUUGCUUUUACUUGGGGGGUGAUAUUUACCCCUUCUCCCCCCUUUUUAAAGUUGGCCCCUUUUUUUGUGGUAAAAAAAUCGUGAAAACCUCCCUCCAUUUAGCACCCUAAAUGAAAUUAGUCGUUUAUCUUUACCAUUUAUUUUAACUGUAUGUGUAUUGUUUAUAUGAUCUGUAAGUUUGAUUGGUUUGAAGGAC